GUUCACAGAAUCAGAGUGAUCAGUCAUGAUCAGAACCACUCAGUGAUCAGAACUCAGAUAUGGCAGAAGCAAAGAACUUUCUCUAUGCUUUUUGUGGAAAACGUAAAGUGAAGCCAACGUACAACACCAAUAAUACACCUGAUGGUCGCUUUCAAUCGCAGCUGACCAUCCCAGGUUUCGAAUACUCAUCAAAAGGUUUUUCAGAAAAUAAGAAAGAUGCAGAGACUGAAGCAGCCAAAGAUUUUUGCGGUUACUUGAUUGGUGCAGGGCUGGUGCCAGCUGAAUCAUUGCCUGAUAGUGUAUUUGCAAAUGAGAUGAAUGCACCAGUACCCCCAUUACAAGCAGGAAGUGGGCCAGGUCCAGUUCAACAACCACCCUCACAAAUUAAUCCACAAUCUAUGCAAGAGCAACAGAUGCAACAACCACAAUCCUUUGGUGGUCCUCAAACAUCAAACUCCAGGGGUCCACAUUCAUUAAUGAAUGCACCUCGUCCUCCUCCAAACCUCCAACAAGGUGGUGAAAGAAAUUAUCAUUAUAGUAUUUACAACAAGCGUCAAUUUGAAGAGGCUGAGGAAGUUGAUCUCAAUGCACAUUUACAUGGUAACUGGACUGUUGCUAAUGCCAAAUCACGCCUCCAUCAAUAUUUGCAACAAAAUCGAUGUCCAGCUGAUUUUAAAUAUACCACUGGAGGGCCAGAUCAUAACAGGCAUUUCUCAUGUGAGCUUUCAGUGUUUGUUCGAUCUCACCACAGAACUAUAAAGGCAAAAGAACUUGCAUCAACGAAGAAGCAAGCAGCCCAAAAAGUUGCACUCAGUUUAGUUCGUCAACUCUUCCAUCUGGGUGCUAUUGAUGCAGCUGAACCUGGCCAAUUGCAGGCGAAGAAAUUAAAAUCUGAUGAGCUUGAUCCAAUCGAUGUUGGUAUAAGUCCUGAUCUGGAAGUGCAAGUUACUGCUCUGCUUACUGAUUUAGGCAUUGUGCCUGUCCAAGAGCCAAAUGGAGAGGAAGCAGUGAACAUUGUGUUAAAACGUGAAAAUGAUAAGUUUGAUGACCAAGAACAAAGUGUGGACUCUGGCGUUGUGGAAUGGACUGCACCCAACAUGAACUGGAAUCCCUGGGUGAACCAACCAACUGUAAUUGAAGGUGCAGAGGAGUAUCAGGAACCACUACCAACCAGUGAAGAUUUUCGUAAGGAAUUAACAGACCGUUUGAAUGGUGAUCCAGCCUUGCAGCAAAUGUUGCAACAGCGUUCCGAGUUACCAGUUGCGGGUUACAAGGAUGCUUUGUUGCAAGCGGUCAAAGACAAUCAAGUAGUGAUCGUAAGAGGUGCCACUGGUUGUGGUAAAACUACUCAGGUACCCCAGUUUAUUCUCGAUGACUUCAUACAGCAAGGCCGUGGGACCGAGUGUAAUAUUAUUGUCACACAGCCACGUCGAAUCAGUGCGAUGAGUGUUGCCGAAAGGGUAGCGGCAGAAAGAGCUGAGAAUCUUGGAUGUAGCACGGGUUAUUCCGUCAGAUUUGAUUCAAUUUUACCUCGAAGUCAUGCCGCGAUCAUGUUUUGCACUGUCGGGGUGUUUCUGCGAAAGCUAGAGAGUGGUUUACAUGGAAUUUCUCACGUUGUCAUUGAUGAGAUUCACGAAAGAGAUAUUAAUACUGACUUUUCUCUGGUUAUAUUGCGUGAUAUGGUUGUUAGAUUUCCUAACCUGCGUGUCGUUCUUAUGUCUGCCACUAUCGAUACCCAAAUGUUUCAUAAAUACUUCAACUUGUGUCCAAUCAUUGAAAUCGAGGGAAGAUCUUAUCCUGUUCAAGAAUAUUACUUGGAGGAUGUAAUAGAGAUGCUUGGGUUUGUUCCGCCGUUAUCAGACAAGAAGAAAAAGCGUGAAAAAGAUGACACCGAAGUGGAAGAAGAGGAUAACUGUAACAUGAUAUGUAGUGAUGAUUAUUCUUUUCAAACAAAGAACGCGAUGGGACAACUCAGUGAAAAAGAAAUGUCUUUUGAGUUGAUACAGGCAUUAUUAAACUACAUUGCUGGACUAGAUAUUCCUGGUUCAGUUCUCAUCUUUUUACCCGGCUGGAACUUGAUAUUUGCAAUCCACAAAUUCCUAUCCCAACAUCCCGUGUUCGGUGGACGAGACUAUCGCUUGUUACCAUUGCAUUCGCAAAUACCUCGGGAGGAUCAAAGGCGUGUUUUUGAACCCGUACCUCAAGGUGUUAGGAAGAUAAUUUUGUCUACAAAUAUUGCAGAAACAAGUGUCACUAUAGACGAUGUGGUCUUUGUCAUUGAUUCUGUUAAAGCUAAGAUGAAAGUAUUCACCUCACAUAACAACAUGACAAAUUAUGCCACAGUCUGGGCGUCAAGAACGAAUAUGGAACAACGUAAAGGCCGUGCUGGUCGAGUGAGGCCUGGGUUUGCUUUUUACCUUGUAAGCCGAGCUAGGGCCGAAAGAUUAGCAGAACACGCAACUCCAGAGAUUUUACGCACACCACUACACGAGUUGGCUUUGACUAUCAAGUUGCUGAAGCUUGGAGAUAUUCGCGAUUUCUUGAACAAAGCAAUCGAACCUCCUCCAUUGGAUGCGGUCGUUGAGUCUAUCGCACUCUUACGAGACAUGGAUGCCCUUGACAAGGAUUCUCAGCUCACUCCUCUUGGCUAUUUGUUGGCUAAACUUCCGCUAGAACCACGACUCGGAAAGAUGGUUGUUUUAGGCUGCAUCUUCAACUGUGGUGAUGCGUGUGCGACAAUUGCAGCGAGCACUUGUUUUCCAGAACCUUUCGAGACACCGUCAGAUCGCCGAAGACUAGGCUGGGUUCACAAGCAGUUCUCAGGCCGUCGUCAUAGCGAUCACGUUGCAAUGUUGAGUGCUUAUCAAGCUUGGGAAGACGCUCGAUCUGUGGAUGAAACCGCUGAGAUGCAGUUCUGUGACAGCCGUCAACUCAAUAUGGCAACAUUGAGAAUGACAUCUGAAGCACAGCUUCAGUUAAAGAAUAUCCUUUGUGAUGCUGGUUUUCCUCAAGAUUGUAUGCAUCCCCAACCAUUCAAUUUCAACGGCCCCGAUUCUCAAUUAGACAUAGUUGUGGCCUUGUUAUGUUUUGGGCUCUACCCGAAUAUCUGUGUUCACAAAGAAAAACGUAAAGUACUAACUACGGAAGGAAAAGCUGCUUUGAUUCAUAAAUCUUCUGUGAAUUGUUCAAACCGGGAGCAGACAUUCCCAUCACCUCUUUUUGUCUUUGGAGAAAAGAUCCGAACGCGAGCAGUCUCGUGUAAACAAAUGACAAUGGUUUAUCCUGUACAAAUUUUGAUCUUUACCCACAGUGAAGUCGAGUCUGAAAAAGAAAUCAUCAAGAUUGAUAACUGGAUCAAACUUCGCAUGCCUCAUAAACAAGCAGCUGCUUUGGUGGCAUUGCGAAAAGCUAUUGAUGUUUUGUUGUGCCGCGUGGCCCAGUCCCCUGAGAUCAUCAUGUACCCCAACCAUGAAGAUGGUCGUAUAAUCAGCAUGUUCAAAAAUCUCGCAAAAGCUAAUGUUGGUCAAACGUUUCAGCAAAGGCCUCUGAUGGGGGGCACGGGCGCUGGAGGACCGCCCAGGGCACGAGGGAUACGCGGUGGUUUCACGGGGCCCAGAGGAGGAAGACGCGGUUACCAAGGUCCAAGGCACUUCAGAGCCCCUAGAGGUGGUGGCUUUGGUGGAAGCAGAGGGUUUAGAGGUGGACCGAGAGGCGGUUUUAGGGGGAAUUUUGGUCGUGGUAACUUUUAAAAAAUCUUAUAGUACCCGAAUUCUGCAUUCUAGCAGCCCAUCAAUCUAGCAAUCUGUGCUGGCGUCGGGCCUAAUUAUUAGCACUCGGUGGUUCUUCGUGUAGUAAAUAAAUCUUCAAAAUAUGCCGAAGCUCAUCUUCUCAGCAGGUACCUAAACUAUUUCAGGUUUUAAGUUCAGGGAAGUUAUUACUUUGCCCCCCGUUGUCUAGACCUGAAGCCCCGUUUACACACCAGUGAAUUUAUCGGCACGACACGCCUAAAAUGAGUACCUGUGCCCAUUUCAUCUUUGCCUUUGUAUUGGUAGCUCGAGCACUAAUAAAAAUGGGGUACUGGUACCAAUUUUAGCCGUGCCGUGCCGUGCCAACUGCCAGUAGCAAUUUAAUUGACUGCAGCUUAAAUGGGGUUCUCGAAAUUCAACGAAUUCAAUUUCAGGCCCGUUCCUUGUCCGGGCCUGUGUGAACGUUGCCAAGGUAUUUUAACGGAAGGAGGAAGUUUUUAAAAAAGAAAAACAGGGAGCCCUUUUUUUGAAUGUGGCUUGCAUUUUGAAUGUGGUGAAUCGAAAGUGCAGUAAAGGUUGCUUUGUUUCCCUCUUUGAAAUGUGGUGUUAGACAUGAACGCAUUGUAGUCAUUGUAGCUGUGGAGUGUGGUUUGCGUGUUAUGUAAUUUACAAGAACUCUUUAUUUGUCUAUUUGAAUAUUUUAACAAUUUAACUAGUUUCACAUUCUUUGUCGUCCCAAUAUAAUAAAUAUAUAUUAUGAUUACAAAAUGAACAAAUUAUUUAAAUCCUAUGUCCACAUAGAUUACUUUAUACAAUAGAAUUAAAACAUAGUUAAAUGGAAUAAAUAAAGUCUGGUAAGAAAGGCAGGAAGUUCAUUUUCGCGCACUUCAGACAGAAAAUGUUUCCGGAAAAUUGUAAAAUGAAAUGUUUAUCAUUUGCGUGCCUUUUUAAUAAUAAUGCUCCAGGGUACUUGGUGUGUUUGAAAUAAGUGAAAGUUUUUCUGUUCUUUAAAAAUUUCGACAGAUACUGUAUUUGCAUAUGCAUCAUGACCAGUUGUGACUUUUAUCGCAGCCAAAACAG